GAAGAGCAGGUCGUAUAUACAACAUUUGCCAUGGAGCAGAUCUGCCGCACAUGCAUGACCAACUCGGUAGCUCUCGUGGAUAUAUUCACCGAUCAGCGGGAACCUAGUUUGGCCGCAAUGCUCUGUGAGUGCGUCGCCUCCAUCACAAUCAAUUUAAAUGAUGAGCUGCCACAGAAAAUGUGCCUUUCGUGCAUUUGUGAUAUACAAACUGCAUUUGCAUUCAAGCGCAGGUGCGAGAAAAGUCAUCAGGUGCUUAGCGAGAACUUAAAAAAAAGUGAAAUGCUAGAUGCAAUAAAGGUUGAAGUACCAGAGGCGGACACAUACGUAUUGUUGGGCACUGAGUAUAAUUUACAAGAGGAGCAAAAUGCAUGCAAAAUAGAAGACAAUGAUAACAGCAGUUCCAUUGUUGCUGUAUCUAAUCAAAAUCCAUCUAACCUUCAGCUGAAGAGCAGCGAAGCAAAUAUACAGUCAGAAUUGCUGGAAACAGAGAACUGGGAACGGUCAGACCUAGAUAUGGAUAUAGGUUGCAUCAAAGUGGAACAAGAGGCGCAACAAGUUGAAUCCAAUCCGCUGACAGAUGACGAAGCGAACCAAAAAGAGUUCGAAUCCAAUGCUGCCACAGAACAUUCUCCUAGGAGAGAGACCAAAAAGGGGCAAUUUACGUGUCCACACUGCCCAAAAAGGUUUUCCCAAAAAUGUCAUCUCAACUCGCACAUUCGCAUCCACACAGGCGAGAAGCCAUUUAAAUGCCCGCAUUGUCCGAAAGCCUUUAGCCAGGCUUCAAAUCUCCGCAAGCACAUGUGCAUCCAUUCAGGUGAACGCCCGUUUAAGUGUCCCCACUGUACGCGAGCCUUUACGCGCCACACGGAUCUUCAGUACCACGUCUCCACGCAUCCAGGCAAACAGACUUACAAAUGCCAGAGCUGCACAAGAUAUUUUAUUGAGGAGGCCGAGCUUGAGGAGCAUAUGCGAUAUCAUAAUGGUGAACGUACUUACAAAUGUCAACUUUGUCCAAGGGAAUAUGUUCUCGCCUGGCAGCUGCAGCGGCAUAUCCGCACGCAUACGGGCGAGCAUCCAUUCAAGUGUCCGCAUUGCCCCAAAACUUGUGUUGACAAAGGAGAGCUUGGCAGGCACAUACGGUCUCACACUGGAGAGCGUCCACACAAAUGUCCACAAUGUCCAAAAGCCUUUACUCGAGCUAGUUAUCUAAAAGCGCACAUAAACGCUCAUACUGGACAUUAGUGACUUUUAGUGUUAAACUGAAAG